AGUGUCCAAAUGAAGUCGGCUGUUGCUGCUACCUUUUCACUUCACUUCCAAAACAAGCGCCAGCCGAAGCGCACGUACCAAAAGGAGUACGCUCGGAACUGCCUUUCUUUGCGCAAAAUGCAUUGUAACGUCUGAGGGUGUUUCGUACAUGCAAACGUACAUAUGUAAAUAGAAUAUACUUUGCACAACGCAUCCACACCAUUCCACAGUGGUUAAAUAGACAAAGUACCAAGAGAGCAGUGAAUGCAAUAUUUUUGGUACAGCAACAUACCUACGGUUUACCUACUGCCAAUACGCUGAGCUCAUCCCUGCUCACCUGGCAUUGGCACGUACAAAGAAACCUUCUCAGUGUCUGGCAAAGCAAAUCGAGCCGUUAAAGUGAGCGCACGCGAAACUCCGUUGCUUGCAUUUAUGGAAUAACCGGGAAAAAAGUUUACAAGUGAAUAGCAAAUAUAAUUAAAAGUUUUAUAUUUCAACAAAAAUCCAAAGAAAAUGUGCGAGGGAGGUGUUUUGAAAGUUAGCUAUCGGAAGCAAUUGAGCAUCAUCAACUAUGAGCCGACCAAUCGUUAUGAGCAAAUUAUCAAAUUGAUUAUCCAACGCUUUAAUAUUCCCGCCACGCAUGAAAGAGCGCUGUUAGUCUCCACCGAAAAUGGCAGAAUUUUCGAUAGAUUACUUUUCGAUUAUUUCCUCACACUCUUUCCAAAUCCCAACAUAAUUUUUUAUAUACGUUAUGAUUAUAAUCGAGCUCAGAGCCUUUUGCAACCGUUACAACAACGCCAAGAAGAAAUAACAACAACAACAAUAGAAAGUAGUGAUGAUACGAAUAUGAAGAAGGAGAAAGGGAAAGUGAAUUUCUGUGGGGAGGAGGAAGAAGACCAACAAAGCUUAUACAAUUUUACGCCAGUGUAUCGAAUGAAUUGUUUCAUCUAUGAAUAUCCAACAACUAAAAUAAGAACGACAGAUAAUAAUGGUAAAAAACAGAACUCCGGCGCUGAGAAACAAUCCCCAAGGAGCGAGUUUGCGAAGCGUGUGAAAAAGCGUUUGCAAAUUGGCGAAUUAAAAAAGCGCACAAGAAAACCUUUGGCACAGGUAAAACGCAUUAUGAGACUGUAGCAAGCAAAGAGUGAUACAGAUGAGGGGAAGAGGAGGAAGAGCAUAGAGGCCAACAAGGCCUACAAAAAGCAAAGGACUUCCGUAUGUUUUUAUUUAUGAACGAGAAUUUUUUAAUCAAAAAGGAAAAGGAUUUUUUUUUUGUCUGAUUGUAUACGACUUUAAUUUAUGUGUAUAUUCUGUUUCAUUAAUCCCAGAUAAUUUGUUUUACAAAAAAUGACUGAUAUAAUCAUAUACAUACUCAUCUAUGCCAAGCAAUCAAAUAUAUUUAUGUGCAUAUGUACCCAUGUACAUACUAUUAUCAUGUAUACUAUUUUCUAGUAUUUAGCAAGUAAGUGUUUCAGUAAGCCAUUCAUUUUUGAUAUUGCAUUAUGUAUAUUUUUCAGUUGAAUAACAUUUUGUAUUUAUAAUUAAAAAGAUUUCGUUUUGUAUUAAAUGGUAAAUGCC